AAUGCAGCUCCUUAAACUAAUGGAAUUAUUUCCUCCAUUUCAGAUGCUGGUCCUGGAGGAUUAUGCUGAUCCAUUUGACACCAGGCAGAAAGGCAGCUGUCCAACAGGAGAGCCGGAGAGGAUGAAUAGCGAAGGCUACAUGGAACCGUAUGAAGCUCAGAAAUUGUUGGCUGAAAUCCAGAAAAAAGACUCCCAGGAAGAGCUGGCGUCUCCAAAACCUCUGCACCUGUAUGACAUUCCCUACGAAUCGGAAAAUGGUUUGGAGCCGAAUUCGCCGCGCCCGCCCGGCGCGAAGUGCCGCCACUCGUGGCUGCCUGAAGAUGACGAGCGGCCGCCGGAAGAGUACGACCAGCCUUGGGAGUGGAAAAAGGAGCGGAUCUCCAGAGUCUUUGCCGUCGAGAUAGAAGGGAACAGGGAGUUACCGUGGCCCCCGCCGGUUGGACAGCUGGAUAGCUCUGUUAACCAUGCAGACGUGGAUGCACCUCCCGGCCUCCAGAGCGCCAGCCCCAGAGGCGUACCGCUAAACGCUCCUUCAAACCUCCAGAACACCACUGCCAGCCCUGAACACUCUGCAAAUCCGUCCAGUCCCCUGGAUAUCAGUGGCCAGGCGACCGUGAAGUGUCAGCUGCCAUCUUGCGUGGAGAACAGCGGCAGCCCCGGUCGGUUGAGCAUGGAGCAUGGGCUGGCGUUUGGCGAACGUGUCAACCCCGCUUUGCCCCUGGAGAGCCAGGCGUGGUACCACGGGACCUUGAGCCGAGUGGAUGCCGAGGGUCUGCUGCGCCUCUGCAGAGAAGCGAGCUACCUGGUGCGGAACAGCGAGAGCAGCCACGAUGCUUUCUCCCUUUCCCUCAAGAGCAGCCAGGGCUUCCUCCAUAUGAAACUCUUGCCCACGGAAGACAACAGGUUCGUCCUCGGUCAGCACAGCCCGCCCUUUGACAACGUGCCUGAGAUCAUCCACCAUUACGCCAGCCAUAAGCUACCCAUCCAGGGGGCCGAACACAUCUCCUUGCUCUACCCGGUCACCGCCCAACCCUCCAGCUGCCUUGCAGCGGAGCCGUGACUUUGGGAAGGAUGCUGUCGGACGCGGGGUUAACUGGGCUGCAAGCAUAGAGGAUCAUGCCAGGAGAGAGUGGGGGACGUAUGGGAGGGGAAACCUCUGGACCACAACGGGUUGGUUGCGUAGGCUGGGAGAGGAGGGGUGGGAAGUCCUUGGCUGCGGGAACCAAAUUGGGAACUCCAGGCCCCGGAACGGUGAUGUCUUCUGCUCUGCAUUGACUGUAUUCUAACUGCAUUGAUUCUUUGCAUGCUGGGCUGCGGGGAUGUUUGGGCGGCCCGUGAAUCCCCGCAAAGUGGAAGGAGAUCAUCGGUGCUCGGAUUGGAAGGGUCAGAAUUACAGAGGGACCUGGCGUCGUGAGUCUUCUCCCCAUCCUGCCUGUUGGACCAGAGCAUCCACCGACUGCAUUCGCUCGUAUUGUCCAGUGUCAAUUCAGAUCUUGAACUUUUCCCCUGGAGGUGGCUUGGGCCAGCCGUUCCCUACCCGGUUCCUUCUGCCGUACGGUGCAACCCGCUGCGUGGUGAAAGGGGCCGUUUGGGGAAGGCUGGUUGACAGAUUUAAUGGCGGGCCAUCGAGGCCUGAGAGAGUGAGACAGGGAACGCCAAAAGCACGGAGGAGCUGCCAACGUCCUCUUGGUGGCACAGCUGGCUUGACACCUUAUUUCUCCCCUAGUUACGUAUAAUGUCGUUCUGUCAUUGCUCUCUCCCGUGACCCCCAUCAGCCACAACCUAUACGUGGCCAGGAGACCGUGAAAGUGUCUGAUAAAGAGAUUUAAUGCCUUGUGGGGUUUCCUUGCUCCAACCUAUGCCUUUACAGAAGAGGCCGCUCUACCGCAGGAUGGGGAAGAGAAGCAAGUGGGUUGUCUCUUGUGGAUUUGUUGUGGGUGUCAAACCCAGGCAGCUGUCCUUUGGGGGUUUGAGCAGGCUACGGCGCUGGUAUCUUUCCUGGCACGUGGCUGUCUGCCCGUCUCGUCACUGCUGCAGAAUGUGAAGUAGGUGCUUCCGAAACAGCAAACGAACAUGGAAGAUUCGGAUCUGCUAGCCGUGGGUCAGGAGGACCGAAGGAAAUGAACCCAGCGAUAGGAAAGAUGGACAGAUUGCAGCGCAGUGGCAGAGAGCGCCAGCUUUUGCAUGCAGGCGUUUCCGGGUUCAAUCCGCCU